CCCAGUCCUGAUGAUUGCUCAACCCCCAGGAGCCAGUUCUUGUGAGCAGCGCCUGACGAGCCCGACCCUCUCUAUAGUUUAAGGCAAAGAUCUUGCGCCAAGCACUCUGCGGCUGGCUGUCCUUCACAAGAGCAGGGUGACAUGGAGGCUCUCCUGCUGCUCAUCCUGCUCUCUGUCACAGAACUGUCCCGAGCCCAAAACACUACGGUAUUCCAGGGCAUGGCAGGCCGGUCCCUGCGUGUCUUCUGUCCCUACAACUCCUUGAAGCACUGGGGGAGACGCAAAGCCUGGUGCCGCCAGCUGGGUGAAGAGGGUCUGUGCCAGCAGGUGGUCAGUACCCACCCCUCGUGGCUGCUGUCCUUCCUGAAGAGGUGGAAUGGCAGCACGGCCAUCACGGAUGAUGCCCUGGGUGGCACACUCACCAUUACACUGCGGAAUCUUCAAGCCCAUGAUGCUGGCCUCUACCAGUGCCAGAGCCUCCACGGUAGCGAGGCUGACACCCUCAGGAAGGUCCUGGUGGAGGUGCUGGCUGACCCCCUUGAUUACCAGGACCCUGGAGAUCUCUGGAUCCCCGAGGAGUCUGAGAACUUCGAGGGUACCCAGGUGGAGCAUAGCAUCUCCAGCCUUUCAGACGAGGAGAGCCCCUUCCCACCCACUUCCAUCCUUUUCCUUCUGGCCUGCAUCUUUCUCAGCAAGCUUCUAGCAGCCAGCGCCCUCUGGGCUGCAGCCUGGCAUGGGCAGAAACGGAGGCGGUGGCUGCAGACCAGCGGGCUGGACUGUGGCCAUGACUCCGGUUACCAGCUCCAAACCUUGACAGGGCUGAGAGACACAUGACAGAAGAGGACCCACAUUGGAGGAGAGGCCUGGGAAAGGUCUGCAUGGACCACCCCAGCCUGUACACUCACUCCCUUGGCCAUUAAGUCUCCUGAUUCUGCUUUGGCAAAAGGCCGCUCUGCUUGUGCCCUGCUUCCCUGGCCCUUGGAAGCAAGGAUUGGUGUUUUGUGUGUGUGUGUGUGUGUGCGCGCACACGCACGUGUGCAUGCAUAGGAAGUGGGAAGGACAUCUACCAACUUCUGCACAUCGGAUAUUAAACACUCUCACAAAU